UACUACAUGGUGACUAAGCUACAGCUGCUAUGGCACAUCGGUUAACCACUGAUGGCGAUGCAGACCUCCGGCAAUGAAUCACCUAACAUAUUCAUGCAAGAAGACGAGAUACCAUAUUGCCUUCAUUACCCUCUUCUUCACGACAAUUCAUUCCAAACCUAUCUAUCCAACAACGACUUUCUCUACCCUACACCACCUUUAUCUGCUCCGGCCUACCUACCGCCGCCGGUAGGUCCUCCGGUUCCGUCAACUUCAAGCAAGGUGACGCCGGAGGUACGGCCGUCGACUAUUGUUGCGUCGGAGUCUAGAGUGUCUCGGCUGUUGGAUAAACCGGCCCCGGUUUCCACUAGUUGUGGUGCUGGUGCUGGUGCUGGUACGGGUACGGGUAGGGAUAGGGAUAUAGAGACGUGUGAGAUGAGUGUGAGUGUGACGUCAUCACCUGGUAGUAGUGGUUUGGGUGAAGGCUCGGGUAUGGAGGCGUCGGCUGAGAAGGCGACGCCUCGGAUUGACGGUAGGAAGCGGAAGCUCAGAGAUACCGACGGCGACGACGCUGAAAAGGACGUUGAGUUUGGAUAUCAUGAAAACAAGCAAUCACAUGGAGGAUCAACCUCUACAAAAAGGCCACGUUCUGCAGAGAUCCACAAUCUCUCUGAGAGGAGACGCCGCGACAGGAUUAAUGAAAAAAUGAAGGCCUUGCAAGAACUAAUACCUCGCUGCAAUAAGACCGACAAAGCUUCAAUGCUGGAUGAGGCAAUUGAGUAUUUGAAAUCCCUUCAAAUGCAAGUUAAUAUGAUGUCGAUGGGAUGCAGCAUGGCUCCUAUGAUGUUUCUAGGUGUCCAACCACACAUGCCGCCAAUGGGUAUGGGUAUGGGAAUGGGAACAGGAAUGAACCAUGCCAUGUUUCCAUAUCCAGUCAUACCUCCAGGCCAACCACUGCCUAAUCCGGCUGUAGUGGCGGCAACAGCAGCGGCUCAUCUCAGCCCAGCUUUUCCAGCUCCAGGGUUUAACAUGACACCUAUUCCGGUCCCUGGUCCCACACCUAAUCUGAUGAACUCGUUGACUCUAAAUAGUCAAAACCAGCCACAUGUACUUGGUUUUGCAGAUCCGUUUCAACAGUACCACGGUCCCCAUCAGACACAAUUACCGCUUCCUCAGAAUCGAGGCAUGUCCCCAAUUGCAGCUAAACUGAGCAGCAGCAAAGAUGCUACUAACCCUGAUAUCAUCACCAAACCAGUUGAGUGAUCAUCGGGAGGAUACCUACACAACAGGCUUUAGGCUACUAAAUUUUGUAGCAUAAAAGGAACCUAAAGAUCCAUAUGUUUGCCGACUUUCAAGAAAACCAGCUGUCUUCACAUGGAACAUGUAAUUAGAAUAAUCUGUGUUGUCUUGUUGUUUUAAGGUUUAAUGUUACAAAGUAUGUGAUGCUAAUUACCGUCAAUCUUAAUAUUAGAUAGCACAUGACCUUAAUACUC